AUGGGACCCUCUCCACGACGGAGCAAUGAACCAGAAGCUGGGAUUCCAGCCCCAAAGUGUGCAUCCCAGUCCCUGAGACCUCGGAUGCCCCAGGCCUUGUCCCUUGGGGUCCCCUUGCCCUCUCCGCCCCCAGUCAUGAAGCCCAGGACCCUCACCCCCUGCUCCGAUCUGCCCAGCGAGCCCCAGGGUCUUGCCCUGAAUGGAAUGAGGUCCCCUCCCCAAGCACACUCCUCCCUGCCUGGCUCACAGUGUUCCCCCAGCCUCUAA